UUUACGUAGGUCGCCAGCUUUGCGGAAUCCAGGAUAACCGCGCGGGUCUGUUCACGGAAUUUACGCGGUAACCGGUCCUACGCGGCAGCUACACUCGACAAUUUAGCGGCCAGGGUGUGCCCCGAAUUUACUUCCGAGCAACAGCAUCAGUCAAACGUGAAACGCGGCCGCCAUCUUGCUACCAGCGCCGACUGGAUACCACCUAGCGACUGGAUUAGGAAACCACUUUAACACGCGGGUCCUACAAACUUUAAUUUAUGUUCCCAAUAAUUUUUUUUUAAUAAAUUUUGUUUAUACAUUUAUACCAACUACAUGUAAUUAGAGACGUAAGCAAUUUAAUUAAUUGUAUUUAUGAAUAAUAAAGGGAACAUUUAUUAUGACCUAGUGAUGCACGUUUUUUUCACAUAGACCAAUCUUACUGGUACUAUAAUUAUAAACAUCGAUUAAUUAAACUUUAUUUCCCUGCGGCCGAAUGUGCGGUUAGACCCGUCUGUUAGUGGGUUAUGUUUUUAUACUGAACCACUGCGCUUAGUGGUCUAACCUACCAUGGAAGGGAAUGCUAAUUGCAUAUUAAAUUCUUUCCUCCACCCUACUCUUUUUUAUUACAUAACUUACGACGAUGAAAGGGUGCGGUUCGUUAAAUUAACCUCAUUUUGGUAAUAAACUAGGCUCACUGUACGUUGUUUCUAAUGGGAAGUACUGAAAAUUCAUGCAUUUGUAUAGGUAUUUUGUAUUAUUGAUACUGAAAGAAUGAUAAUGCGAGGCACAAAGUAAAGAAUUUUAAAAUGGGAUCACGGAUUAUGUUAAUAUAUAUAAAUGUACAUGCAUAUUCCUGAGAUACAGAUUCGGCACGUGCGAUUCAAUUUCCAACUAUGUAAACUGUCUCGGGCUCCAAUACUGCACGCGACAAUCCUGGCUCGCGAAACGAUCAAUGUUUUCAGGAAGGACAGUACCGAGCUCUAGGUAGUGGGUAACUGCGUGACACGAAACGACAGAUCUACUUCUCUAAAUUUAGUUAAUAAGAGCACAUGCAGAGCGGUCGACCACGUGGACCGCAUGUUCCGAAAAACAGAAGUGCCGAGCUGACUGAAGCGUAGAAAUCAGAGGAGCGCAGGUGCAUGGAAAAACGUGAAACGGUCCAGGAACUUUAAAGAAGAAUUGAGAAGCUAAAGUGAAUAUAAUGCACCAGGGUGUGGGACAAAAAUUGCAAACGUGGUUGUGACGGUGAUUAAUCGGUAACUAAUUUAGAGAAUUAUUUAUCAAGAGCAACAAAGCAUUACGUACACUUAUAGAUAAUAUUACGUUACUCUUCAAUUUAAGACUGUCGUGUUUUUGCGAACUAGAUAAGGAUGCACUGAAGUUAUAGAUAGUGCAUGUCUAUUUGUGAUAGUACCUCGUAAGAGUUGAAAAGCCCGCGACAAUUUGAACAGAGGAGUGCAGGUGUAUGUCGACCGAAUAUUUAAAUCUUUGUAACGUAUCGUCGUACACAAAAUUCACGAAUACAGUGUUAGCGAAGCGAGAAACGUGAUUUUACGCGAAUAGGGAAGAAUUUUAUAUUUUAAGUAUACUUGUUAUCGCGUUCGGUUUUUUAAAUAGCAAAUUCCGUACCCUUGUGUUAAUUUAGCGAUAAGAUAUGGCUCAGGGUGAACCGGAGGCAAAGAAAUUUAAAAAAUGUAUUAUAUCGGAGCAUCUACAUACGGACGAGUUCAAAAAAAAAUUCUUUAAAGCUUGGCACAAUUCGGAACCAGUGAAAACUGAUGAACUUGAGGUGAUAGCUAAGCCGUUUAGGAUUGGAAAGAUAUCGAAUUUUAUAGCCUGUGAGAAGUUCAUGGACGCCAUGAAGAAUGAAUUGUUAGAAGUCAAAAGUCGAAGGAACGUUGUUGAUCUUUAUCAGUACGAACAAACCUGCGACCUUGUUAACGCCAUGCAUAAGAUGCAUAUUCGACUUCUCUACGAGGCCUUUCAAUGCGACCUGGCCGCAUGGAUGGAGGAGAACCUUAAGAUCAAAUUGAAUAAGAAGAUAUCCAUGUCUAGUUCUUGCUAUUCUGAUACAGACUUCCUGCUGUGCCACGACGACAACAUGGAUGAUCGUCGAAUAGCCUUCAUCCUCUACCUUUCGAAGAAUUGGACUCCUCAGGAUGGAGGUGCGCUAGAUCUCUUCACCACGGACGAGAAUGGUCUGCCUUCCAAGGUAGUGCGUUCGUUAGUGCCUGAAUACAAUUCCUUGGUGUUCUUCGAGGUUGUUGAUAACUCAUAUCACCAAGUUGCUGAAGUGACGUCGGUGGACAAAUCAAGAUGGACAAUUAACGGCUGGUUUCACGGUCCCAUAACAACCCAUAGAAGACCCAGACCGGAGCCCGUGAUAACGUUCGCGCAUCCCGAGGACUCGGAUCUGGAUCUCUCUGAAUGGGUAGCAGACCCUUAUAUGUCUCUGAAGAUCAGCCGAGAAAUCCAGGAAACAGUUGAGAGGGAUUCCCACGUUUUUAUUCCGAAUUACUUCAAGCCCGAGAAGUACCAAGAAAUCGCAAAGGAGCUUCUCUCCGAUCAGAUCAAAUGGAAGAGGGUAGGUCCGGCGGACGUGCGAAAUUACGAGCUAGCCGAAGAAGAGUCAUUGCCCGACAAGUUGAAAGAAUUGUUGAGCUUCUUCAAGAACAGAGCAAUCUUUCAGCUGCUAACAAAUUACACGGAGGUUGAAUUUUUAAAUCCCAAGGAUGGCCUAGAGCCACGUAUGACCAUAGAGCUUCAGAGAAUGUCUUCCGGAUGUUACACGUUGCUCUGCGACGAGCAAACAAUCAACGACAAUUGCUUAGAUCCUGACACGACUGACAGAAACAACAGAUUCUCGGAUGGUCCAAACGACGCGGACCAAUCAGCAUCCGCAGAAUCCAGGCCUUAUAAACAGUCCAAUUCGUUUGACAAUGGCGAGGCAGGUCCCUCAGCAGUAUCCGACGUGACAAUCAUACCAGGAUUAGGCUGCAACACUCCUCCCAGCAGUAAGGAAGACGAGGACGAGGACCACGAGGAAGUGUUCAGGAGAAUCCUGAAGUCAAAGUCAACGAAAUCUCCAAAACACAAGAAGAAGCCCUCCUCGUACCAGCAGCAGCCACAACAAGCGUCUUGCUCGAAAUCGUCGAAUUCGUCGCCUCAAAAAUCCUCAAAGGCUCCGGCAAGAACUUUUGACUCCGAGGAUUCGGACGUGUCUGACAUUGGCGACUAUCUCUCAGAUCCACGAGACUAUUCCUGUGAGAAUUCUGAUCGUGAAGACCUGGCGGAACAGGAAGCAGAUACUAGCUCUCGAGAACCUGGAACAUUGGACGUUUUAAUGCAAUUCCAUCUGGCGCACAUGGGUAAAGUCGAAGACACAAUAGACUACGUAGAUCCAGGCCACGUGGAAGGUUCCUUGAUCAACAUACCGGCAAGGGACAACCAUUUGUGCCUAGUUUACAAGAGCGCGACCAACGUUCGGAUUCAUAAGUAUGUUAAUCAUUAUUGCAAAGGCUACUUCUACAACCUGGUGUGUACCUAUUACGAGUAACUUUCAUAAAUGUUGGAUAAAAUAUCCGCCAUUCGAAGGCCAAGGGACGUUACGGUGAUAACUGUUAUAUAAGAUUUGAAUAUCUUUCAUUUGACAAUUUAUAAUCAAACAUUGUACAGCGAAUUGUCAGUUUCAUUUGGUCGAUCGACCGAACUCUCACGAGAUUCGUUUUGAUCCACCAUUGGAGUAUAGUAUAUGGAUUGUUUAUUCAAAAAUUCGACUGCAGACGUCGUAUCGAAUGGAAUAUUGUAAUCGUAUUAAUAAAGUUAUCAGUAUUUAUGAUCAGCAUAUUGAAAAAAGAAAGAAAAAGGUCUUCCUUACUUUACUAACUAUCUCCAUAGUUUACCACGCUUAUUGUAAACUCCUCUCAGCGUUAUAUUCGUG